AUGAUCAGGGGGAUCCUCGCCACGCUCAUGAUGAAAGAGACAACUUUCACUUUCCGGGUGCUGAGCCGGGUAUAUUACAUGUGCCUUUGGGCUACGGACAGCGUUCCUGAAACCUGGGAUAAAUUGGUCGCAUCGGAAUGCUUUAUUAGCGAUGACGAGGUACCCUUUUCCUGGAAUGCACUGGUGACAGCGGAUGCCAUCCACACAGAUCGCAAGUUCGUUAUGAAGCUUGAUGGCUUGAAUGAGCUGGACCCAGCGGAGCUUCCUAGAAUGGUCAGCACUCUGAAAGACUGGGUGCGCCAAAGGUCGGGAAGAGUGAAGAUCUGCAUCUAUAGCUGCGGUGAGAAGAUCUUUCAGGACGCAUUUGGAUCGUAUCCCGGUUAUGAUCUCAAUGGAGUGAGCCUCAUCGAGAUGGCAUGGUACGUCCAUGUCCAACGGAGUAUCGACCAGAUCAACGCGGCCCUUGAGAAGCGCUUCGACAAGUACCGGAACACUAACUUUGACGAACAAAUGCUUUGUGGUGACUAUACACGUCAGAACGAGAUGCUCGAACUUUGA